UGGACAUGUCUUCCCAGGAAGAGGCGAGUUCGUCUCGCUUGCCAGGGUUUUCUGUAGAUUCUUCCUUGAUUCCCACUGUAGAGUCAUCGGAGGAGUUAAGGGAAUUGGGAGUAUGUGCAUUCGCUCAGGAAACAUUUGAGAAAGGGUUCAUAGAACAAGUGGACAAGGCCCUUGCUGAGCAAGAGGCUGCUCUAAGAGAAAAGAGGCUAAGGAAAGAUGUUAGAAGAAUUUUAGAUCAGAUUAGGGCUGUUGAAGUAUCUCUAACUCAACACAGCAAAUUAUGUCAGUCAUUAGCUUCUCAACUAGUUCUUACAGCAGAGCAAAAGCUGCAAUUGGUCACAGCAAGAAAGCAACAGAGUGAAAAGCGGAAUGAGCUAACGGAGCUGCGGAAACAGGAGAAAUUGCUAUUUAAAGCUCUUCAAGAAGGAAAAGAAAUCGAUGAUGUGUCAGAGGCAAAAGGUGUCAAUGGCGAGAGUUUAACGUUAGAACAAGAACAAAUGAUUCAGUGUGGCGAGAUGACUCCAUUUGGGACUGUCUUGUCUUCUUUUACGUCUGAAACUGUACAGUCCAACAGGCAGUUGGAAAUUCCAGUUGCUGCAACCACGGAGAAAACUGUACCUGGAGAGGAAAUUGUGCAAGAAAAGUCAAAUAUUAGUAUGUUUACUUCAAAGACAAAGAAGAGGAAUCGUACAGUGGACAAGGGAUUUCAUCACGUUCAACAUGUUCAAGAUGUUGGAAAAGAUGGUGAUGGUGAUGGUGAUUAUGUUCCUAAUAUGUCUGAGUAUUGUGAAAGCUUUUAUUCAAGUGCCAGCGAUGAUAGCGAGUCUACCUGUGAGCCUGAUGCAAAGAGAAGACAUCAAUUUGAAGGACAAAGCAGAUUAAAAGACAGAUACCAACCACGGGACUUUUCUGAUGAUGAAGACAAGUAUUCAUCUAAACGGAAAUUAAGAAGGCAGACAAUUAGACUCAGUUGUCAAGAUGAUGGCAAUGAGGAGCUUUAUAAGAAAAGGUUGAGGCAAUAUGAAAGGAAAAAGGAAAGAAAGCUGCAAAGAAAUCAGCAGCAGCUUGAGGCUGCUGAAUUGGAUGAUGUUGAUAUCGCCUACAGUAGUGACUCUUUAGAGAGUGAUGGAUGUGUUAUGUUACAAUGCCUACAAGAAGAAGACAUGGUUUUUGAGGGUGGACUGAAGGUUCCAGGACCAAUAUGGUCUAAACUCUACAAAUAUCAGAAAACAGGAGUUAAAUGGUUAUGGGAACUACACGGUCAACAGUGUGGGGGCAUCCUUGGUGAUGAUAUGGGACUAGGGAAAACAAUUCAAGUCAUUGCCUUUCUGGCAGGUUUGCAGUAUGGGAGAGUUAACACACGAAUAACAAGAAGAAUUGGUUUAGGUUCUGUUCUUGUUGUCUGUCCAGCAACUGUGAUGCACCAGUGGGUGAGAGAAUUUCAUACUUGGUGGCCAAUAUUUAGAGUUGCUGUUCUUCACAAUACAGGCUCGCAUGUCGGUUCCAAGAAAGAGUUAGUGAAACGAAUUGCUCUUCACCCAGGUGUGCUUGUGACCACAUACUCUACUUUGAGGAGCUUUAGAGAUAGCCUGCUUGAGCAUAUGUGGGAUUAUGUAAUUCUAGAUGAAGGUCACAUUAUUCGAAAUCCAGACUCAGAGAUAACACUUGCUUGUAAACAGUUUCGAACACCUCACAGACUAAUACUUUCUGGAUCACCAAUCCAAAACAAUUUGCGAGAGCUAUGGUCAUUGUUUGACUUUAUCUUUCCUGGCAAACUGGGCACACUUCCUGUAUUUAUGGAGCAGUUUUCCGUUCCCAUAACUAUGGGCGGUUAUGCUAAUGCAUCAACAGUUCAGGUUCAAACAGCUUAUCGGUGUGCUUGUGUUUUACGAGACACAAUUAGUCCAUACUUGUUGAGAAGGUUGAAAGCAGAUGUUCAGAUGUCACUCCACUUGCCAAGCAAAAAUGAACAGGUGUUGUUCUGUCAGCUUACUCCUGAGCAAAUUCACCAGUACAAGAAAUUUUUAAGCUCAGAGGAGGUGGAAAUGGUGAUGGGACAAAAGCAUGAACUUCAGAUAUUUCCUGCUCUCAUGACGUUGCGUAAGAUAUGCAAUCACCCUGAUCUGGCAAGUCCUGAAUUUUAUGAUCUUGGUGGGAAUGCAAAGGGUUCUAGUGAUGCUUCAAAGACAUCUAGUAGAACAGCUGUGCUGCAGUCACAAUCAGAGUCGAGUGACAAGGAUUAUGGUUUCUGGAAGAGAUCAGGCAAACUAGUUGUUGUAAACUCUUUGUUGAGAUUGUGGAAACGACAGGAUCACCGAGUGCUUAUCUUUACUCAAACGAGACAGAUGUUGAAUAUUAUUGAGAAGUAUGUACAGUUGAAAUGCUACAAGUACCUUCGAAUGGAUGGUGCAAUUUCUGUUGGGUCUCGUCAGCCACUUGUAAAGAAAUUUAAUCAGGAUUCAAGUAUCUUUCUGUUUCUUCUCACUACACGUGUUGGAGGGCUAGGGAUUAAUUUGGUUGGUGCAGAUCGUGUAAUUAUUUUUGAUCCUGAUUGGAAUCCAAGUACAGAUAUUCAAGCUCAAGAGCGAGCCUGGCGUAUUGGUCAGAGGAGAAAUGUAACAAUAUAUCGCCUGUUAACAUCAGGAACUAUUGAAGAGAAGAUAUACCAUCGUCAAAUCUUUAAGCAGUACUUGACUAAUAAAAUUUUAAAGAAUCCCAGUCAAAGGCGCUUCUUCAAACAAAAUGAUCUGUAUGAAUUAUUUACCCUCUCAACUGCUGAUGAGACCCAAGGAACUGAGACCAGCGCCAUCUUUGCUGGCACUGGCUCAGAUGUGAUUGUUUCAUCUGUAAGACCAAAGCAGCUAGAUUGUAAAAAACAAAGAAUACAUAACAAAAGCAAAGACAAAGUGUUGGAAAUGAUCAAGAGAAUAUCUCAAUCGCUAGGAAAGGAAAGUAAUGUUGAACCUCUUAAAGAAUCAUCAAAAGAACAAGAACAUUUGUCUGAAAAGAGUAAACGAAAAGCAAGGAAGAAGGCCGGAUCUACUCUAGAGGGUUCUUAUGUUGAUGGUCUGGAGCGCUCUGCAGAAUACAGACUGAACGACAAAGAGGGAGUUAAGGAGCAGAGAGCUGAGUUUGACCAAUACAAGACUCAAGAGGACUAUAUCUUGCACAAACUGUUCAAGAAGUCAGGUCUUCACAGUGCUCUUCAACAUGAUACCAUAAUGGAAGCCAGCAGUGUUGAUCAUGUACUGAUAGAAAGUGAUGCAAAUCGUGUUGCUCAAGAAGCAGCCAGAGCUCUGAGACAGUCUCGUCGUCAGUGUUUAGCUGCAGCUGCAGCCCGUGGUCAUGUAGGGACCCCAACGUGGACAGGUAACGCUGGAAUUGUAGGAGGACCAAAAAGCACCGUCAGGCCAAGAUUCGGUGCCAAAAGAAAGUCUUUUCAUGUGAGUAAUGCAGACAGUACAGCUGUGGAAAGAACUGUUGAGCAAAACGCCAACAGUGCGCAUUGCUCCAUAGUUGCUCAGUCAGCACCUUCUUCUGCUAAUUUGUUGGAAGAAAUGAGGUCAAGGAAUGCUCCUCUUGCGGACGUUCUUAAUCCUCCUAGGUCUGAAGAAGAUGGGGGUCAAUCCAUGCAGUCUUUACCUACUGGUGAAUAUGACCGUCUUAUUGAUGACAUUCGAAUGUUUGUAGCAUUUCAAUGUCAUGUGGAUGGUCAGGCAACUACACAAGAAAUCUUAACUAACUUUGCUCCCAGGUUGAAGAGCAGAGACUCUUCAGUUUUUCGGGCUAUGCUCAGACAGAUAUGUGACUUCGAGCGGGAUGAUACGAGAAGUGGUGUGUGGAGACUGAAAGCAGACUACAGGUAGUGCGACAGUCAAUUAUAUACGCAUGCGCCUUUUGUCAUUGCUUCUUAUCUAAACAUUUGGUCUACUGUGUUUGAUAUCUUAUUCACUAUAUUCAGACCAUUCUUCUGAUGCAACCGAAUCGUAGCUAGAGGAUGAUACUUUUGUCUGUUUGUUCGCUAAUUGCUUUUGACCCCAGAUGGUCAUCACUCCUUCAAACGCUGACUCAAACCUUUUCGCUUUACGCCGUCGAUCGCCACAGACUUGGCGGACGGUGUGCAUCACUGAGAGUUUGA